GUACCUGUCUACCGUCAUCAACCUAUUUUUUGAUACCUUUCUUCUCUCUCCACGACAGUUUUCCACCUCUCUGUGGGUCUCUCUCUCUGCACGAAAGCAACGACUUCUCAAUUUCUAGGGUUUUUCUAAUUCGCAGAACCUUAUUCUCUAAUUCGCUUGACGUUUCCCUUUCUUUGCAGGUGAAUUAGGGAAAUCCUACAAUUGGAGACAAAAAUUGAGGGCUCAUGAUUGAACAUCAUUGCAUGGGUUAGUGGAGGGAAGGAAAAAGUGUGGAACAGUGUGACUAUGCUCUUAUAAGAUCAGACAGAAAAAAUGGUGGCUUAUAAUUUAAAUGUAGAUGCCAGUCUUCUUGGAGCUGAAAGCAGUGUUUACACCUAAAUAUUCUAUGUUAAUUUUUACUAAAGCAAAAUUCUAGCUGGAUUGAUGGAAAGAAUUUCAGCAUCUGAAGCUGAGGGGGUGGCUCUAGUUGAUUCGCAAUUUUGAAUGCGGAAAAUUUAAUUUCUUUUUAUUUAUCCAACUGCAAAUGUGAAUGCAAUGGGGAAUUUGGCAGGAUAUGUGAAGACUCAUAAAGCAGCAGGAUGAGCAAUGAUGUUUUUGAUGUGCAGAUAUUAAAUGAAAAGUUGUCAAAACUCAACAACUCACAACAGAGCAUUGAAUCUUUAUCGCGAUGGUGUAUUUUGCAUCGCAAAAAAGCAAGACAGAUUGUUGAAAUAUGGGAUAAAUUGUUCAACUCAUCCCAGAGAGAGCAGCGUGUCUCUUUUCUAUAUUUGGCUAAUGACAUCUUGCAAAAUAGCAGGCGGAAGGGUAGUGAGUUUGUUAAUGAAUUCUGGAAAGUUCUUCCUGCAACACUCAAACAAGUUUAUGAAAAUGGGGAUGAACAUGGGAAGAAAGUGGUGACUAGACUGGUUGAUAUAUGGGAGGAAAGGAAAGUUUUUGGUUCUCGAGGACAGGGUCUUAAAGAUGAAAUGCUUGGUAAGAAUCCUCCUCCUCAGUCGGCGAGCAAUGGAAAGAGCUCAAAUCCUAUCAAGAUAGUGAAAAGGGAUGCCCAGUCAGUAAGAAUUAAAUUGGCUGUUGGAGGUCUGCCAGAGAAGAUUCUAACAGCAUUUCAAUCAGUAAUUGAUGAGCAUUUUGAUGAAGAAGCUGCUUUAAAUAAGUGUAGCACUGCUGUGUUCCAUGUUGGUAAAAUUAGGGAAGAAAUGGAAAAUGGUUCAACUCUAGGAAAUCAGCAAGGUUCCACAUUUGUGGAUGAGUUACAAGCGCAAGAAAAUGUCCUCCAGCAGUGUGUUGGGAAGCUUGAAAGUGCUGAAGCAAACAGAACCAUGCUGAUUUCCCAGCUUACAGAAGCACUUGAGGACCAAGAAUCAAAGCUGGAUGUUAUUCGUGCUCAGUUACAAGUUGCUCGGGGCCAAAUUGAGCAAGCAGUCAAUCUGAGAAGUAGGUUGACAUCUCCCAUUGCUCCUGGCUCCACCACUACCAUACCAAUGCCGGAUUCUGCCAAGGUUAAAGAGCACAAUACGCCUCCAGUUCAGCCAACCAGCACUCCUCUGCCUACCCUUGCACAACCUGUGGUUUCUUUUGCUCCAAUGAAAACUACGGAUGAGGAGAGCAAGAAAGCUGCUGCAGCAGCUGUGGCUGCAAAGCUUGCUGCCUCUACAUCCUCUGCACAGAUGCUUACCUCUGUUCUUUCAUCUCUUGUAGCUGAGGAAGCUGCCUCCAUGAAUGGUGGCUUAAAAUCAACUGGAUUUACCACAGGCUUGGCCAUGUUUCCCUCAGAAAAACGACAAAAACUUGAGAAACCAAUGCCAGUAUCUGAUAGCAAUUCUGAAGUAGGUAACAUAGCCUAUUUUAAUCCUUUACAACAGCAACCAGGGACUACUGUGCCUCUUGUGCCACCAUCUUCAAGCAUGCAAUCCAUGUCCCAAUCGAACCAGAUACAAACUUCAUUUGGUACGUUGCCUCCAUUGCCACCUCCACCACCUCUAUCUCCAGCCAAUGCACCUGCUAAUCAAUUUGUCCAGUCUUCUGGUAUGGUGAUUGGGGCAAUGCCUUUUGGAUAUGGAACUAAUGCACUACCACCCCCACCUCCACUACCCCCACAUAUUGCAAUGGGAUUGGCAAGGCCUGCUGCUCAGCCAUCACAGCAGUCACAAUCUCAGCAACCACAGCAGCAGCAAGCACCAGCAACUGGAGGAUUUUACAGGCCACCAGGCAUUGGAUUCUAUGGGCAAAACCAUCAACCAGCUACUCCUCCAGUACCGCGGCAGUGAGUCUUCCUUUGAAGCCAAUGGGACAAAAGGCCUUCAGGAGGUCAUUGGUUUUAUGGUUCAAGUCAUCAGUAAACUCCACAGAUGGCAUAGGGGUGAAUGCCGGUUGAAAAAAUAAUGAGCCUGGAGGUUCUCCUCUGAGCUUUGUGAUAUUAUGUAUAUUAAUAGAAAAGUAGGCGCACCUAGAGGCUUCAUUUGAUGUCUGUUGAGAUGCACAUUACCUCCUUCAUCCCAGACGAAUCUUAAUCAAUUGAACCAAAUAUCUGUCAGGUUAAUUGGGAGCUCGGCACAAAUGAAAUUUUCCUAGAUUGCUGUAUCUUAAUCUAACUGUUCAUGUACCAUUAACUAUAUAUAUCAUCUGCACUGCAUACUUAUGGGAGCCUUGCAACGGAUUGUAACUAAUCUUUGAUUUC